UCCUUAAACGGAGUUCUCCCGGAAACUCUCAUUUUCCUUCAUUUUCUUUUUAGUUUUAUUCCUGGAAAUUACUAACUGGGUACGGGCUGGAUUUCGGUGGGUCUGUCUUUUUUUCUCAUUUUUAACAUCUGUGGUUAACGUCUACGAUCCAAAAAGGGUAAAAAAAAAAAAAAAAAACGUCUGUUGUAAACAUGGGAACCUGUUGUAGCAAGGAACCCCUGUACGAAGUAGUAUCAGAGGAUCGGGAUGAGAAACAGUACGUGCGAGAUGGCGAAGAUGAUGAUGAGAAUAUUGCAGAUGACGGAGCCAUUGUUAGGCUUCAAGGGCCUUCAGCAUUCACUUCUAUGUUCACCAAACAAGGGAAAAAGGGGAUCAAUCAAGAUGCCAUGACUGUUUGGGAGAACUUGGCUGGUGAAGAUAUGUUCUUCUGCGGCGUGUUUGAUGGUCAUGGUCCCUUGGGUCACAAGAUUGCACGCUAUGCGCGAGACACUUUGCCCUCAAAGCUUCAUUCAGCCAUCAAGAGGUCUCAGAUUUCAGAUGCUUCUGCUGGACAAAAUAAUUUUGUUAACGGCAGCACAGAUAAAGAUGGUAAUGACGGUGAAAAUUUCUUCUUCAAUUCCAUGAAGGCCAGUUUAAUCAAAUCCUUCAGUGAGACAGAUGAUGAACUUAGCCUUGACUCUGCCAUUGACAGCUUUUGCAGUGGUACAACAGCAGUAACAGUCAUUAAGAAGGGUGAUCACUUAGUUGUUGCCAAUUUGGGAGAUUCACGUGCUGUUCUUUGCACAAGAAGCAGCAAAAACCAACUCAUUCCCAUCCAACUAACAGUUGAUUUGAAACCUAAUGUUCCAAGCGAAGCUGAAAGAAUCAACAUCUGUAAAGGCAGGAUUUUCGCAUUGGAUGAAGAACCAGAUGUAUACCGAAUAUGGAUGCCAGAAGACGAUUGCCCUGGUUUAGCCAUGGCAAGAGCUUUUGGAGAUUUCUGCCUGAAGGAUUAUGGCCUCAUCUCUUGUCCUGAAAUUUCACACAGAAAGCUUACAGCCAAUGAUGAAUUUGUGGUGUUAGCUACUGAUGGGAUUUGGGAUGUAAUGUCGAACCAAGAGGUGAUAAAGAUAGUUUCUUCAGUAAAAGAUCGAUCAACAGCGGCUAAAACACUAGUUAGUUUUGCUGUGAGGACAUGGAGAAGUAAAUUUCCAUGUUCAAGGAUUGAUGAUUGUGCAGUAAUUUGCUUGUUCUUUAAGGAGGAGACUGUGGCGAGCAAGUCUACGUCUGAUGUGAAUGGUGGAAGUAGCGUAAGCCGAGCAGAGUUUUCAGUUCAUCGGAAAUCUAAAUCCGUGAAAAGUGAAGACAACUUUGAAAGAGAGUCAAAAGGGUCUGAUGGGGUAUCGACAAUAAAUUCUUUUAUAAAGAUUCCAAGAAUCUCUCAUGUGUUUUGAGUUAGACAGCAGCAAAAAGCUCUUUUUAUGAGGAAACCAAACAGAGAGGUUUACAAGCAUUUUAGGGUUUAUAAUUUAUCCAGACACAGAAUUCUGGGAAAAGUAGUCAAGUAAUUUUUUCUUUUUGGAAAGGAGAAAAAUUAAUGGGAUUAAUUAGGUAUUUGUUGAGCA